AUGAAUAAAGGUGUAGACCACAAGAAGAGCAAACUCUGUUUCCCUCUGGUACCCCAAGUUUACGUAAAAGGCGGCGGUGAUGGGCCCUUUAUCGUCAAACGCAAGCUGCUCAGCGGGUUCUACGCCUUGCAGACAAGAUUACCGGAUAAUCGCACGGUGACACAUCGUUGUAUGGGAAGGUACAACGUCGAGGAUUACAGGUUGUGGCGGGAAGAGGAACUCAGUCGAGCGCCAUGGGGUCGCAAGAAGGAGGAGAUGCCACCAGCGUACGAGGCCUCGUCAUCGUCCUUCAUCGGGACCUCCAGGGUACGAUGA